AUGCAGCUGAUUUGCCCGGCCUUCGUGAUGGAAUCUCAACUGAUUGUCAUCAAUUUGAAUGCUAGAAAAAGCAUCGAAGUGAAGGGGAGAGUCCACUCGGAGGCUAAGAGCUUUGCCCUCAACUUCGGCUCGGAUGCCUCAAACUUAGUGCUUCACUAUAAUGCUCGCUUCAACAGCGAAGGGGACUUCAAAACCAUUGUGUGUAACUCCAUGAAAGAUAGAAAGUGGGGGGAGCCACGGAGGGAUGAUCAGUUCCCCUUCCAGCAGGGAAAAGAAGCCAUGAUCUGGGUCUCCUUUGAUGCCAAAAAUGUGACAGUGAAAGUGUAUGAAACGCAUGAGAUCAAGUUCCCCAACCGCCUUGGGCUGGAGCGCUUAGAAUACCUCUCAGUGGAUGGUGACUUCCAGGUCCAAUCUGUCAAGAUUGACUAA